AUGACUGAGCUGUUAGAUUGGGAAAUCAAAAAUAGACAUAUGAUUCAGAUCCACGUUCACCAUCAAAGAAUAUAAAAGUAUUGUGCAAAAACUAUUAGCAAAUAGGGCAAAUAUCUAAGAGGAAUUUACGUUCAGAAUUUAAACUAAAGUAUAUAAUUGAAGAAAAAUGUAUUAACAAAUUUAAUGUAAUUUGUUUUAUAACUAAAAGUACUUAACCAAGUCAGUACAAUGUAAAUGCUGCAAAAUAGCGGAGAAGCAGCAAAUUAAAUCGUAAUUUUUAAUAAAUUGAAUCAUUUGAUGUGUUAGCCAAUGCUAAUCAGAAUUCACAAAUGAAAUUUAUUUUGUUUAAAUUGUUAAAAAAGGACUUCAAUUUCGAAAUUUAUUAACUUAAUAAUACUUAAAAUCGAACCAAGGCCAUUGAAAGAAGCAAGUAAUUGAUUUAAUCCAUUUUUUGAACGUUAUUUUCAUUGAAAUUAAAAUAUCUUACUAGUAAUGGUUUUGAAAGCAACACUCAGCUUGAUGAAUUUUUUCAUAAUGAUUAUUGUUUUAUUAAAAAUAAACACCUUGAUCCAUCUCAAAAUUCUGAUUUUAAUUUAAGUAUGAAUAUAUUAUAUCAUAGGUUAAAUUUUGCGUCCUUAAGGAUUAAAUUGA